GGUACUAUGAUGCUAUAAAUUCUGGCGUGGUCGUCGCGAUGCGGCAGUCACCCAACGUCAGCGAUUUCAGAGACACUCCGUUUCGCGGAAGGAAGACAAACUCAACCCAGUGACUAAUGGCUCGUACCAAGCAGACCGCUCGUAAAUCCACCGGAGGAAAGGCUCCCAGGAAGCAGCUGGCCACAAAGGCUGCCAGGAAGAGCGCGCCAUCCACCGGUGGAGUCAAAAAGCCCCACAGAUAUAGGCCUGGCACUGUUGCCCUGCGUGAGAUCCGUCGGUACCAGAAGUCCACCGAGCUGCUCAUCAGGAAGCUUCCUUUCCAGCGUCUGGUCAGGGAGAUUGCACAGGAUUUCAAGACGGACCUGCGAUUCCAGAGCGCGGCCAUUGGAGCCCUGCAGGAGGCCAGCGAGGCUUACUUGGUUGGUCUGUUUGAAGACACCAACCUGUGCGCCAUCCACGCCAAGAGGGUGACUAUCAUGCCCAAGGACAUCCAACUGGCCAGGCGAAUCAGGGGGGAGCGUGCCUAAUGUAUUUUUAAAAUUGUUUUUUUGGCGGGGGGGGGUGACUGGUUUUGUAAAUUGUGAACUGUUAUCAGACUGUGCAGCUCCCAAUGUGUCAUGUUUUUCUCUUUUUUUUUUUUUAAACUUUCACUCUGUCAUUCACAAUAGUAGUGCUUCAUACUCAUGAUACUUUAGAAUCCUACUCUGUAAACUCAUUUCUCUCUGCUUUUUUUUUUUUUUUUCUGUAAUCCUGUGUGUGCAUGCCAUGGGGUUUUCUUCCUGUAAAUAAACUUUCCACUACCUCAA